AUGACAUGUAUUAAAGUGUGUUCAUUGAUUUUGUUUUGUUUGAUAGUUACUCAAAGUAGUGCACAAAUAUCGAUCAAUUGGAAAGGCUAUCAAUGGUACUUACGCGAACAACAGAAUAGUGGUCCUGGUCCCAAUAAUUGGAGUUCAAGCAACGUAUGGGUCGAUGCAAACGAUCGACUUCAUCUUAAACUGAGCUAUUCAUCAUCGAAUGGUGGAUGGACAUGUGCCGAAUUGUAUAGUCAAACAAGUUUUACCUAUGGUACUUUUAAAUGGCAUGUUGAAGCCGCUAUUGACAACUUCGAUCCGAAUGUAGUCUUGGGUCUUUUUACCUAUGGUUUACCCGAUGGAGCAAACGAGAUUGAUAUUGAAGUAGCUAAAUGGGGACAAACGUCAUCGAAUGCAAAUAACUUCUUCUAUACAGUCUAUCCACGUUCUCUAGGUGGUCACGCUCAAGUAUCAUCAGGCACGAAAAUCUCACUGCAAGGUACUUAUACAACUCAUCGAUUUACUUGGUCUACUAAUCAAGUUAAUUUACAAAGUCAACACGGCCAUACCGAUGAUCCGAAUUCGAACAUUUUCUUUUCGUAUCAAACGCCAUCAUCUUUCAUUGGGUCCGUACCCGAAAAAGCCUGCCCUAUCCAUAUGAACUUAUGGCUCUUUCAAGGUCGUGCACCGAUCAAUGGUCAAGAGGUUGAAGUGAUUAUUCACGAUUUUACAUACACGGCAGAAAAAUAA